AGGGCCGCAUGUGCUUGUUGUAUCAAAAGCCUAUAUCUCUCGGGUCGACCACACUCCAAUCGUUGCACAUAUCACCGCAGACGGGCACGGUAUCGCUGCGGCGCCUACGGCCGCACAUCCUGAGAGAGCAGUUCCGGCCCGAGCCGUGGCUUCGCGUGAUGAUGCGCCGUCUGGUAGACAUCACCAUCGCUGCCGACUCCGAGGCGUACCUGUACAACGACCGCUACGUGCCACCGCUGUACCGGGCCUCGGUCGAAAGCGGAUCCACCAAAGGCACCGAGGCCUUCACCGAGAAGGUGGAGGCCCUUUCCAAGGCCUUGCAGCUGAACAGCGACACGCUGGCCGAGACCCUGGACGAGAUGGAGAACGCGACGAGCGGCAGCUUGGAGCUGGGUGACUUCCUGCUGUUCAUGAACAACCUCAAGGUGUGCCUGCACGCGCAGCAGACCAGGGUCGCCAAGAGGGACCCGAGCAUCAACGACCUGGUCGAGCUGCGCGGCAGCGACAUCCUCACCUCGCUGCCCAGCGCGCCGACCGUGUACACCAUCUAGGACGGCGGCGCCCAGACCGCACCCGCCUCCAGGACAGCCUGGACGGGCGCCGCACGGCGCAGCCUCCGAGUCACUCGGUGAAGCAGCAGCACAGGGGCCCCCGCGGCGCGACUCGGUCUCCGCGUUCGUCCCGUGGCGCCAGCGUAGCGUGCCGGGAUGACGAUUCGAUUCGGCGUCAUGCGGUGUCCGCGCCGCGUGCGCUUGUAAAUUAGUUAAUUUGGCUUACUUUACUAUAAACGGGUUUUGAAAUUGGCAAAAGCAGCGCGUUUCUUUUGUAACUGGG